CAUCUUGACGAGGCUGCAGUAGUUGCUGCUGCUCUCCAGUCUUCGCGAUGCCGCCCAAGGAUGACAAGAAGAAAGAUGCCGGAAAGUCAGCCAAGAAAGACAAGGACCCAGUGAACAAAUCUGGGGGCAAAGCCAAAAAGAAGAAGUGGUCCAAAGGAAAAGUUCGGGACAAGCUCAACAAUCUAGUCUUGUUUGACAAAGCUACUUAUGACAAACUCUGUAAGGAAGUUCCCAACUAUAAGCUUAUAACCCCAGCUGUCGUCUCAGAGAGACUGAAGAUUCGAGGUUCCCUGGCCAGGGCAGCCCUUCAGGAGCUCCUCAGUAAAGGACUUAUCAAACUGGUUUCAAAGCACAGAGCUCAAGUAAUUUACACCAGAAAUACCAAGGGUGGAGAUGCCCCAGCUGCUGGUGAAGAUGCAUGAACAGGUCCAAUCAACUGUACAUUUGGAAAAAUAAAAUUUUAUUAAAAUCAAAAAAAAAAAAAAAAAAAAA